AUGGCCGCCACCCAGAGAUACUUAACUCCCCUCUCGAGGGGGAUGCUAUCUUCAUCUUUUCGACCGCAGGUUACAGCUCCUUCGUUCAUAUGCCCCCUCCAACAGCAACGGUAUGCCUCUAAGACGUCAAAGUCGAAGGAUACCAAACCCAAGAAGAAGAAGCCAAUGUAUACCCAAUAUGACAUUCGAGAUGCAAUCCAAUUCUCCCUAUGCGAUGCUAUGAGAUAUCUUCGCGCCUUCGAAGCCGGCCGAAAUACCACCUCCGUCAAAUACGAAGUCCACGUUAAACUGCGCACAAAACGAGACGGCCCUGUAAUUCGAAACCAGAUCCGCCUUCCGCAUGCUGUUCGAUCCGAUCUCCGAGUUUGUGUUAUCUGUCCGGAAGGAUCUCGCGCCGCAAAGGAAGCCAAAGCAGCUGGUGCAGAUAUUGUUGGCGAACAGGAAGUAUUUGAUGCUGUCAAAGCUGGAAAGAUUGACUUUGACGUUUGUAUCUGCCACACGAACAGUUUACAGAAUCUGAAUAAGGCCGGGUUAGGCCGUGUGUUGGGUCCUAGGGGUUUGAUGCCUAGCGCAAAGAUGGGUACGGUCGUGGACAACGUUGCUACUACUGUACGGAAUAUGCGUGGGGGCAGCAUUUACAGAGAGCGAUCUGGUGUUGUCAAGUUGGCAAUUGGUCAAUUGGGUUUCUCUCCAGAGGAACUCAAAAAUAACUUGGGCGCUUUUAUCACAGCAAUCAAGAAAGACGCUGCUGGUAUGUCAGACCAGGUAUCCAAAGACAUUGCAGAAGUGGUACUGAGCACCACCAAUGGCCCUGGUUUCAGUCUGAACGGUGAAUACAAGAGCGAAUCCUCUCCACCCAUGCAUGCAUUGACGGGAUGUUAA